UCUGUGCUCUACGUUCUGCUGAUGCUGCUGGGCAUUGUGGGUAAUGUCCUCACCCUGCUGGUGGUGUGUCUGCGUCCACACAUGAGGAGCUCCUCCUACCUGUACCUGAGCAGCAUGGCCGUCAGUGACCUGCUCAUCCUCCUGCUGCUGCCGCUGGACCUGUACAAGCUGUGGAGACCCCGCCCCUGGCCUUUUGGAGACCUGCUCUGUAAACUGACCAUGUUCCUAUCGGAGUGCUGUACCUUCUCCUCUAUCCUCCACAUCACCUUCUUGUCGUUGGAGCGCUACCUGGCCGUCUGUUGGCCCAUCGCAGCCAAGGCCCUGCUGACGCGCCGCAGGACCAGGCUUCUGAUUGGCUGCCUGUGGUUGGCGGCGGCGGUCAGCGCGGCGCCGGUGCUGAUCAUGGUCGGAGUGGAGGACGUGGACGGCGAGGAGGUGGGGGAGUGCGGCUGCACACAGUGGGCGGUCUCCUCCGGUCUGAUGUCGGCCAUGAUGGUCCUGUCCAACGUCUACUUCCUGGUGCCCUUCUGCAUCCUGGGUCUGGUCUACAGCCUGAUUGGACGGACGCUUUGGCUCCGCCCACAAAGCGGGAGACGAGACCAGAAACACAAAAACACAGUUAAAAUGCUGGGGGUGAUCGUUCUAUCCUUCCUUCUCUGCUGGCUGCCCUUCCACGUUGGUCGGACCAUCUUCUUCUCUCUUUCUGUCGGAACCGUUACGGACCAACAACCAGCACACCUGGACUCCCACCCACACACAGAGGCCGACGCCCACCCACACACAGAGGCCAACACCCACCCACACACAGAGGCCGACGCCCACCUACACACAGAGGCCAACACCUACCUACACACACAGGCCAACGCCCACCUACACACUGAGGCCAACGCCCACCUCUACACAGAGGCCGACACCCACCUAGACACAGAGGCCGACACCCACCUACACACACAGGACGACGCCCAUCUACACACAGAGGCCGACACCCACCUAGACACAGAGGCCGACACCCACCUACACACACAGGCCAACGCCCACCUCUACACAGAGGCCGACACCCACCUAGAAACAGAGGCCGACACCCACCUACAUACAGAGGCCUACGCCCACCUAGACACAGAGGCCGACACCCACCUAGGCACAGAGGCCGACGCCCACCUAGGCACAGAGGCCGACGCCCACCUACACACAGAUCCCGGCGCCCACCCACCCACAGAGGCCAACGUCAGCCUUUACACAGAGGCUGACGCCCACCCACACACAGAGGCCGACGCCCACCCGCCCACAGAGGCUGACGCCCACCCACACACAGAGGCCGACGCCCACCCUUCCACAGAGGCCGACGCCCACUUGUACCUCCUCUACUACCUGUCUCAGUACUUGAACCUGGUGUCGUCGGUGCUUUUCUACCUCAGCGCUGCCAUCAACCCACUGCUGUACAACCUGAUGUCGGCCCCGUACCGCCGCGCUGUCUACAGCCUCGUACACAAACGCCCCCCCGGUGCACGGGGGCAGCGUGGGCACACCUUCACCCUGCACCAGUCCACAACCACCGUGUAAGAGCCAGGAUGUGCAAACACCUGCAGAUGAGUGUGGACAGCAUGAACACGGCAGCGUCUGUUUAAGGGUUCAAAACAGAAGCUGCUACUGCCGUUCCCACAUCAGUGUUUCACUCCAUAUUUAACAUUUCUACAGUAAUUUGUCAUCAUUUAUUAUAACAUUAUCCUGUGUAUUUUGUAUUUUUCCAGUAAAAAUCAGGUAUUUCCCUACA